AUGCCUGUUGUUGAGACGCUGAUCAUCAAGCUCUAUGGCUUCAGCGGUUUGAGUAUCCAUUGUAAACCGAGGCCAAAAGGCAAGUCCAAAGGUGCCAGCGUCACUAAGAUCACCCCGGAAAUGGUCGCCACAGGAGCAAUUGAUGUUCGAUACCUGCUCACUGACGACCCGGAGUAUGUCACUCCUGGUGCACCCUCUGGCAUACCGUAUGCUAGCGACAGGGACGAGCUGCUGAAGCUUUUGUAUACAGCAGACCCGAAGUGGGGAGAUGAGGUCAUGGAGUUUUACAAUUAUCAAAUCCUAGGUAUUCCUCCGAAAUCUGCUAGCUCUGAUGCAGACAAGCAAGGAGGGACUGCUGCUGCUGAUGAAGAGGACGAGGAGGUGGCAUUCUUAGCUGGCAUCAACCAGCACUACAACGAGGCCAACUCAUCUUCUCCCCCUGAUCCAUCUGCUGGUGAUCCUGUGGAGCUCAAUGCCCUCACGCAACAAGUUGGAGCACUCGGGAUAUCUCCUCACCCCAACUCGGAUCAAGAACCUGGUAACGCUGUAGUUGCCCCUGCACAAGGGCUUUCUACUGCAUCUUCUCGACGUACACGUCCGAGUCAGCAGCGCGAGUCCGCUUCCCCGAAAUCUAUCUCGGCUGCAGCUGCAGCUCGGGUGGCAAACACUCCACGCUCCGAGUCGGGUGAUCGGACUGAUGAUACCACUGACUCGGAUAGUGGAGAAACUAUGGAGGCUACCAGCCAUGUACCCCAAGGCAAUGGGAGACUUAAACGAGCUCCUGCCCACGCAGAAAUUAGCUCUUCUGGCCCAGUUUCUCAAACGCGAUCGCUAUCCCAUGGCUCACCCAGCGCGAACGCGGUGGCUCAGCCUGCACAGGCAGCGCGAGGAAGAGGUGCGGGAACUGCUCCUAAGACUCCAGGACAAGCCAUUCGUCGUUCGGGUCGCAACAAUUAG